GCUGUCUAACAGCGGCCUCUAGUGUUCAUACAGCGCUGCAGCUGCUUAACCAUAUCCUGUUUCUGUGACUCAGAUGGUGAUGGCUAUCGUCAGAGGAGGCUAGCUGAGCUGAAUACAUGCACAGAGCGCUGGAGAGAAAGUAAAUAAAGAACAGUGGUUAUCUACUAUGGACGGGUUUGCCGGAGACAUGCUGAGUGGCCGGGCUCUGCUUGGCGAGGACAGCUCAGUGAUGGCCCGUAUGCAGAAGAAAUUUUGGAAGACCAAACAGGUCCUUAUCAAAGCCACGGGCAAGAAGGAGGAUGAGUAUGUGGUGGCCUCGGAUGCUGACCUGGAUGCUAAGCUCGAGUUCUUCCGCUCCGUCCAGUCUACGUGCACAGAGCUGCUGAAGGUGAUCGAGAAGUAUCAGCACAGGAUCACACGCUUGUCUCAGGAGGAGAAUGAGCUCGGCCUGUUCCUGCGAUUCCAAGCCGAGCACGAUCGCACAAAGGCUGGUAACAUGAUGGAUGCCACUAGCAAGGCUCUGUGUGCCUCUGCCAAACAGAGGAUGGCACUUUGUCCGUCACUGCACCGUUUGCACCAGGAAGUGGAGACGUUCCGGCGGCGUGCCAUUUCGGACACCCUUUUGACAGUAACCUGUAUGGAGAAGGCCCGCACAGAGUACAGAGGAGCUCUGCUCUGGAUGAAAGAUGUCUCCCAAGAGCUCGACCCAGACACCUACAAACAGCUGGAAAAGUUUCGCAAGGUCCAGGCCCAGGUAAGAGGGACAAAGAGCCAGUUUGAAAAGCUGAAGAACGAUGUGUGUCAGAAGGUGGACAUGCUGGGAGCAAGCCGCUGCAAUAUGCUCUCCCACUCCCUCUGUACCUACCAGACCACCCUGCUGCAGUUCUGGGAGAAAACUGCUCAGGCCAUGUCAGAAAUCCACAAGGCCUUCCAGGGACAUGUACCAUACCAGUUUACCACACUCAAGGAUCUGCGGGAUCCCCUGGAGCAAAUCUCAGACUCUAAAAAACAAGAGGAGAAAGAGAAGGCAGCACUGCAGAGCAACACAGAAAGUCUGCUUUCCUUGGAUGAUGACAACCUGUCAGGAAGUGCCACCGAUCCAGACCUCCCACUCAGUAGUGAUGGGCAGAGGCAGACCGAUGAUUGCGCUCACCAAAAUGCUAUCGCACCCACACAAGCCCUGCAAAACCUCAGUGGACUGUCAAGAAGCUCUGAUGAUGACCUGAUGCUUAUGGCCUGUGAUAUGCCACAGCCCACAGCCCCAGCAAAUGCCCUACACCAGCCUCAGGGCUUUGGAAACCUCGAGUUUGGCCUCUCACAGCUGCCUGCCACCGAUGGGAGUCUGCACACUGGCGGUCAGCCACACCCUGCCGGGACGAACCUGAGGAAGGAGGAGGACGAUGGUGAACCAGGGGACAUGGCCUUCCUCAAAGACCUUCUUAGCCCUGGUUCAGGAGCUAGUGAUGAGUUCAGCAGAGAAUGGCAGGAUGCUUUUGGGAUGUUUACCUCUCCCAGUGUCCCCACAACCAGCCAAGGAGCACAGAGUGGUGCAACAGCAGCACGUCCACCCUCUAACCCCCCUAGCCCCACAGGCUUUCUGCCCUCCCAGCUGCUGGAUCACAGUUUGAGCUCCACAGGUUGGGCAACCCCUCCUAUGUUCAAAGCUCCACCCCUGCAGGUUCCUCAAAGUCCAAACCAAUCAGCUCAGCCAGCUCCCAAAUCUGCAGGUAAUGCUGCCCCUGGGGGAUCCAAAGACAUGUCUGCCUGGUUCAACCUGUUUGCAGACCUCGACCCUCUUUCCAACCCUGAUGCCAUAGGACGAUCCGCAGAUGAGCUGCUCAAUGCCUGAAUAUGUGCUUGUGUGUGUAUGUGGGUGCGUCUUCUUUCCCCAAGGAUUCUUUGCAAUGUUCCAUGUCAUCAUUCAAGUAAACAAACACGAACAGUGAAAAACACAAAAAUGAGUAAAAGAUGGUGUUUUAAACAGGAAAUAUUGUCAGCGCUUUAGAAGACUGUUAACACUACCUGUGAAGCCACUGAGUCAUGUAAAUGGUAAAUGGACUGAUUCUUAUAUAGCGCUUUUCUACUCUCCUGGAGUAGAAAAAGUGCUCUAUACAACACGCUGCAUUCACCCAUACACACCCAUUCACAGCACUCUAUGCUUUUUGUCAGUGCUUUUUAACUAACUUACACUUACACACAUUCAUACUCCGAUGGACGCAUCGGAGAGCAAGUCGGGGUUAGUAUCUUGCCCAAGGAUAUUUGGCAUGCAGACUGGGGGGGGCCAGGAAUCGAACCACCAACCUUCCGAUCAGCAGAUGACCUGCUCUACCUCCUGAGCUACAGCCACCCCAGCAAACCUCGUGUUUUGGGUUUCAGGUUUACUUUGAAGGGUUUAUUUUUGUGGGUCACUGUCAGGGACUUAAAAUGUCUCAUCAUAGGAUAUAUUACAAGUUUUACACUAUUUUAUAUAGUGUAUGUCCAGCUGCACCAGGAACAGUGUAUCACCAUCACUGGAGAAACUCUGGAUAUUCGCGUCUGCAUUACUUUGAUUUACUUUAGAGCUCUGUAAUAACUGGCCCACAUUAUAUGCUUAAUCAGCUGCAGUUAGAGGACUCUGUGCCUGCAUUCUAUCUGUCCAUCUUCAUCUCUGAUUUCACUCAAACUGGGUCAAAAUGUAUGUUUGAAAUGGUCUCAUCUGUUGUUUAACAAUCACAAAUCCAGGGCCAAGAAAAAUCUGUGAAGGAUUUAUUCUGUACUUUUGAAGGAAAUUUUGGCCAUGGGAUUUUUAUUGUUAUUGGUAGAUAACAAUGUACUGAUUUACAAAUGACAGCACUAUUACUGGUCGGAGAAACAGAUGUUUUUGUUGUGUAGCGUGCUGUAAAGAUGGAAGAAAAGCAACACAAUCAAGUAACACUGUAACUGACUAUUUUAACUUUGUGUGGUGUGUAUUUUGAAGAUACACAGAUAUAUGGUUUAUAUGGAGGAAUCAACACUGGAGAGCUGUUACCAUGUCACAUAUUUAAAAAAAACAUGGAUCCCUCACUUGAUGUGGAUUUAAGUGAUUGUACUUCUUUGAGUGCGAAAAACUGCAGAGACCUGCAUUUCUGAGUAUUUAUAAGUUUUGUGAAAAAAUGUGCAGAGCUGUGUUUCUAAAACAGAUUUGAUGAAAACGUGUUAUCAUGUAAAUAUUCUCCCCACAUGCACAGACUGAAACCAAAUCAUUAGUUAAGAUAUUUGUGUGCCUGUACAACCACACUCAGUUGAGCUAAGGUAAUAAGACUGUGUCAAGCGAAGUUGAGCAACUCACAAAAUGACUUAAUACCAGCUGCAUAUUAUUAUCUCAGCUUUUGAGAAUACAAACAAACCUCACUACUACUCAGCAACUGCAAUUAAAUUUCUCUUUUUUUGUUGUUUUGUUUGUGAUGUAACUGAGGCAAGGGGACAAGAAAGCAAGAAGGAAGCCUGACACUAUAUCUAUAUACACUACUCACUCUUGAUUUCCUCACUUUAAGUAAAAGAAUGUAUUUCUCAAGUCAAUCACAGAUGCUUUAUUUAACUAUUCCUUUUUAUUUCACUCAAAAGAAUUUAACUUGUUUCCAAUAAACGGGACAAGCAAACAAAAAACUGA